AUGAGAGGUUUGUCUACAGGGCGAUCCGUUUGGCUGCUCAGUCUUUUUAGUUGGAUGCUUUUAAGAACGCUGCCCAGAGUAUCAGCAUCCAGAAUUGGUCUGAAUAGAGCAAUCAACUUCCGCACAAUGACUACAAUGAAGAGCGAGACAGACUUUGCGCCGCUAUUCGAGAAAAUAGACGAGCUCAAGCCACGCUACUUGGAGCGGUUGUCGAAGGCAAUCGGGAUCCCCGCGGUAAGCGGGGACGAGUCGAUGCGCGCACAUGUGGUGCGCAAGGCGGACUUCUUGGCGGCGGAGCUGGAGCGGUUGGGGUUCACGGACGUGGAAAAGCGCGAGCUGGGGCCACAGCCAGCGCCUGUGCAGACGCCAGGGUUGAAGCUGCCACCCGUGCUGCUGGCGCGGUACGGACAGGAUGCCGCGAAGAAGACGGUACUUGUGUACGCGCACUAUGACGUGCAGCCGGCGAACAAGGACGACGGCUGGGCCACCGAGCCAUUCGAGUUCUAUUUGGAUGAGAAGAACGGCGUGAUGCGCGGUCGCGGCGUUACCGACGACACGGGCCCGCUGACGGGAUGGCUAAACGUAGUUGAGGCUUUCCAGGAGGCAGGAAUCGAGCUACCUGUCAACCUGGUUGUGUGCUUCGAGGGCAUGGAAGAGUCGGGCUCUAUCGGGCUGGAAGAGCUCAUUGAGCAGGAGAAGGACAAGUACUUUGCCGGUGUGGAUGCCGUGUGUAUCUCGGAUAACUACUGGCUUGGCACCAAGAAGCCUGUGCUCACGUACGGGCUCCGCGGAGUCAACUACUACCAGGUCGCGAUUGAGGGCCCUGCCGCGGACUUGCACUCAGGGCUCUUCGGAGGAGCGGUUGCAGAGCCCAUGACUGACCUGGUCAAGGUUCUCAACACCCUGGUCGACUCCCAGGGCCGCAUCCUGAUCGAGGGAGUGGACGAAAUGGUGGCGCCUGUGACCGACGCCGAGCGUGCCCUCUACGACAAGAUCGACUACUCGCUCGAGGAAUUCAACCAGGCUGUAGGCGCGAACAUCUCGCUCUAUGAGGACAAGCGGGACAUUCUGAUGCACCGCUGGAGGUACCCAUCCCUAUCUCUCCACGGCGUGGAAGGUGCCUUCUACGGCGCUGGUGAGAAGACUGUGAUCCCUGCGAAGGUCAUCGGUAAGUUCUCAAUCCGCACUGUUCCAGACAUGGACAGCGACAAGCUGAACAAGCUGGUCAUGGAUCACUGCCGCAAGGCCUUCGAGAAGCUUGGCUCCCCGAAUAAGUGCACGCCCGAGGUGCUGCACUGCGGUGCUUACUGGCUCUCCAACCCCUUCAAUGCCUCCUUCUCCGCGGCUUCGAAGGCGAUCAAGGCUGUCUACAACGUCGAGCCUGACUUCACGCGUGAGGGCGGGUCCAUUCCUAUCACCUUGUUUUUCGAGGAGAAGCUCAAGACUGACGUGCUUCUCUUGCCAAUGGGUCGCGGCGACGAUGGAGCCCACUCCAUCAACGAAAAGCUAGACCUAAGCAACUAUUUUGGCGGUAUGAAGACAAUGGCUGCCUACCUCUACUACUACUCCAUCUCUGACAGUAAAUGA